AUGCAGGUUGGUGACGACCCGAUGGUCCGUGCGGCAAUCUUAAUUCAACGCGAAAACUACAAAGCCUUUGGCGCUGACGUGCGCGCCUUGCACUCCAGUCUUGGCCAGCUCGAGAGUGCCAUCAAACGAGCCCAGACGUCGCUCAUCUCACAUGGCGCCCAAAGCAGGGAUAUCCUGGGCGGCGACCAGACCUCACUAUCAGAGAUUGUUGGCGACUACGAGGCUACGCUGGUGGAGUGCGAAAGGCUUCUCUGGGACAACCGACGGUAUGCCCAGACAACGGGCCCUGCGACGAACAUCAACUGGAACAUCAAUGUCAUGCCCCAGGUUGACUAUCUGCGCAGCCGGAUCCAGAUGCACAACACUCGUAUCCAGCAUGUUCUGAAGCCUUUCGAAAUCGAUCUGAUCAACAACUUUCAUGGAGACUUGGCUCAACGCAUCACAAGCCUUCACGUAGACGUCCUGCGCGUCAACCGAAACAUCGACACCCUCAUCGCUCAGCACUAUCCAGAUGUCGCAGCGGCCAUCGAGCAACGGCUGGAGCAAGAACUCUGCUCAGUCAGAAUCCCGGAUCCGUUGCUAGGCAGGCUGGGAGGCAUGUUCGACCGUCACAAACUGGGCCGGCCGCCAACCCUGCAUGAGAUGGCCGACUGCUUUCUCAUCCAGUUCGAGAAAAGCACCGUGAUAUUGCCUAUCUCAGUGGACGACGAUAGGCAAUCCCCUCCUGUCGAUCAGUACUUGGCACUCCUCAAAUGCCAGCUCGUGAUGGAUAGAAUGAAAGACACCAACGAGCUACGGAAUCCGCGAAGGAUGUCACAUUGGCCGGGAUAUGUGAGAGCUCUCGAAGAGAAACUAUCUCAGCAGUCUUCGAGGUUCGAGACUGAACUUACGACACCCGACGUGUCAAAUUGCGAAGACAAAAGGCUCGAGAUAUGGCACUCAGACGAUAAGCCUACCAAGACACCCCAUCCCGCAAUCGGUCCACUCUAUAUUGAUGUCGUCGAAGUGGCCCUCGCGAAGGAGUCCGCCGUCACAGCUUGGAGGACGGUCCGAGUAUCAAGACAAGCCCAUGCCGAACACCGAUUUCGACUGGUGGAAACCUGGGGCUCUCGUGGUGAGCCACCAGUCGUGGAGUCGCGUGUCAUGGACAUCAACAUGCGCAAAGCCACGCUCAUUCCCAUCUAUGCCGACCCUGUGGGUAAGGCAGGCAAAACACCGCCACUGGAGAUCGUCCUCGAGGACAAAGCCAGCUCCUAUCGAUUCUUGUUCAUGGAUCUGAGAGAUCUUUUCCUCUUUCAGCAGGCCUUCACUGAUUUCAAGGUUGCCGAGAGUUUCAUGGAGUGGGGUCCCGUGCACGAGCCGUAUUUGUUAGACCCGGCAAGGAAGAAUCGUUUGAAGAAGACACAACACUCCAGCUCUGGAUCCCGUCACCGAUGA